CACGUACCUUUUUGGUCGACAUGGCGCGCGGUCGUCCAGCACCACCGAGAGGCCGUGGUCGAGCACCACCGAGAGGCGGUAUGCCAUAUGGCUAUUUCGCUCACUGGGAAUCUCUGAAACGGAGAACUUACAAUGGGCAAGCUGCCAGGCCCGCCCAUGACUCCAUUGCAGUUCUAAUGCUUGUCUAGGAGAGUAUCGCAAAGAGAUGCCGGUGCAGCAUGGAGAACCGUCUCACAGGCUGACAUCGAUAAUAUCUGGGAGCCUUCAAGCGCGCGUUAUCGAAAGGACUUUGCCACUCUUCCCGCCAAUCGAAUUCCUCGUAAUCCUCCCAGAGAUCCGCCACGGGAGGAGGAAUCAUCAUCAUCAUCAUCAUCAUCAUCAUCAUCAUCAUCAUCGCCAUCGCCAUCCCCCCAGCCUGAAUCACCAGCCAUCGAGCCUCCAGGUACAAUCGACAAGGGAAAGAAACGUGCGCGUCCUAGGAAGCCAGGUGGUGGCGAUGAUGAUGAUGAUUCGUCAGGUCCAAGCUCAGAUGCAGAUUCAGAUAGAGAGGACCCAGAACCAUCUCCCGAGCUCCCGAUAAAGGUGCUACCAAUUGCCAAAGCCAUUGCCGACAUGAUACCAGAGGCAGGUUGGAAAUUCCAGUGGAUGUCAGACGUAGGAGCAAACUCGACGGCCGC